UUUAUCGACGACAUUGUGAUCUAUUUGGACGAUGCUGAGGAUUAUAUACGCUAUCUGAAUACGAUUUUCAGCCUCUUUGCCGAUAAGAACAUCGCUCUCUCACUAACUAAGUUAUAUAUAGGAUAUCUAAGCGUUGAACUGUUUAGCUUCUACGUUGAUAGCCUAGGCUUUACAACUGCCGUAUAG